CACUAAUUGGCUACAUUACGUCGCGAACAUAAAAUCAUUCUCGCAUUUCCACGACUUCAAGCCGAUGCAGGUGGAGCAGGACCCGAGCAGCCAAUUCGUCGACUUCACGAACGCCACGGCGUCGGAACAGUUCGUCUCGGACGUGGAGCAAGCUCUGAUCGGCUGGCAUCUGGCCAGUAAGGGCCACGCGUCUCUCGAUGCCUUAAAUUCUCCCUCUAAAACAGAAAAUGUGUGGACUAAGGAGCUGCAAUUCCUUCUCCCUGGGCUCAAGACGCCCAAAAGUUACACUCUGUCGCUAUUCGUAACCAGACACCAGAGUCAAGACACUGUCUCGACCAAUCGAAAACCAAAAAGAUGGCUACAAGGACUGGAACACUUCACUCCUACGAUGUUAUCCGUGGCCGACGCUACUAGAGACUUCCAAUGGGGCCUUGAGGGGGAGAAAGAGACCCAGACAGAACAGAGACACAGUAUUUCAUUCUACGAAGACGCUGAGCCGGUUUUUAGUAGGAAAAAUGUCCUUAAGAACGUGCAAAAGUGGUUCGGAGUGGACGAGUUUCUACUAUUAAGCAGGUCUUGUCAAGAGAAGAAGAAUGUGGAUGUAGAAGAAGAAAAAGAAGAAGAGAAGGAGCAGAAAAGAGACGGAGAGAUCAUGGCAGAUAUUCACGUGGAUCAGAACGAGGCAGGAAUGCUCUUAUCAGCUCUGACGAUGGCGCUGAACAACUGUAACUGUACGAUUCCAGCCUUUGUGCCGGUGUUCGAACCUUCUCGAGGAUCGUGGAUUGGAUCAGCUGUGCCUGGAGCUACUGGAAACGUCUCCAUGGCCUUUGAAACAGACUCUGUGCCGGAAUUGAACCCCAACCAGAGCUGUAUCAGUGGUCUAUUGGACUUUUUCAAGGCCAAGUUGCAGUUAUCACCUCAAGUUGAAGAAAUGUGUCGCGUGGAAGCGGAUGAAUCGGGAGAUUUAGCACUGGGAAUGAUGGUAUCGGCUUCGUUUGGAUACUCCUGGAAUCGGAAAGAUGAUCCUCGAGAAGUAGUGAGUCUAGAGAACCCUCUCGCUUGGAGGACGUUAGAGGCGCAGCUUCCAAUUCAAGAACAGCAUCAGAUCCGCCAUAUAACCAGCAGACUCUUUGGAGAGAACCAUCCUACUCCGUUACUUGGAACAUCAACUACUCCACUGGAAGGAAUGGAUCUCACCGUCAGUUGGUCACAGCUACGUGAAGGCACGUAUGUAGACAAUGUUGUGCACUCCACUCUGGACCCGAGUUCCGCUCCUCGCUGGAUGUUGAACGUCCGCUUCCAAGAGUUACUGGCAGAGAAUCAGAGAAAGCCUCAGUUACCACUAAGCAAGCAAAUGGCCAAUCUGGUUCAAGUUUAUUCCAACUCGAGGGAGUUGAACAAGGAUAUUCUAGUGUCGGAGUUGGCGCCACCUAUGCCAGUCACUCCGUCUCCGUCUAAACCACCUGCAUCGACUACGUCAUGUGCAAGUGAAGCAAGUGAGGAUACACAGCCAUCACCGAGUAUUCCGGAGUCGAUUCCUGCUGCUCGAGGCGCUGCUGUCGUCCUUGGUCAUGCCAUUUCAAGUUUAGUGUCGGCUGCUACGUGGAAAGGUUCGGAUGUUGAGGACAUUCGACGGAUUGUCUCGGAGUUGUUUGAUGAAGAGGGAGAUGUCGAUGAAAGUGGAGAAAGCAGUCGCAAAAACAACGCAGAGCCUUCAUUGACGACGAUGCCGAGUUCUAUUGAGCACGGCGCUCCAUUGGGAGAACUGGUGUCUAUCUUGGCGACCAGGAUGGCUCAAUUACACGGUAUCAACUCGAUGUCGUUGCUGUGGGUCGAGUUUGUGAAAGCGUUGCGAGAGCGAUGGUUCCAACAGCAACUGCUUCCGUUCAUGAGUACUAGCACGAAAGAGGGUGAUGAGGAUCGCAAUACGAGCUCGCACUCGUUGGAUGCAUUGUUCUUACUAGACGCGGAUGCAAUACAGCUGCCUCCACCAGAUUUCCGUCACUGUCUUCUACACCAGAAGCUUCAGCUACUCAACUGCUGUAUUCUCAGAGCGGCACAGGAAUCGAAACCAACGUCAAACACUGGAGGGAUCAAAGCAAGUCAUACUGAACAAGUUAACUCUGCUGAGGAAGGUGAAGGAAGUCCGAGCGACGACGAGUUUUUCGACUCGAUUGAACAGGAAAGCACUCCUCUACCGUCACCUUCUCGAGCUACAAGACUUCCAGAGGGAGUUCUUCGUGAAGUUCCGGGCGUUGUGUGUCUCCAGACGAACGAACCUCUAAUGGAACCUGUGACCCAGAGUUCUGUCCCCAUGACUGAAGACGUAGCAAAGCAGCAACAAGACCUUCUAACUCGCUUAGGCGUAAGCGUGGAAUCCGAUAAAUUACGACAACAGAUCCAGAGUACGACGCUGAUCUCGGACAUGCAGGCCUUUAAGGCUGCCAACCCGCGCUGCUGUCUGACCGAUUUUAUCCGCUGGUACUCGCCGAAGGACUGGAUUCCAUUCAAGACUCCGAUUGAUCCUGAGCAAACUGACUUAGCACAGGAAGGUCGAGGCGUUUGGUGGUUUGAAAAGCACGGGAUGUUGUCAGAACGCAUGCGUUUUGGACCCAGACACGAACAUAUCUGGCAACAAAUGUGGGAAACCAGCGCGCCGAUGCCCGCAAGUCGUCAGAAGCGCUUGUUUGAUCCGGUUCAGGAGUCCGAGAAAGUGUACCAUUACAUGGAGACGCUCUCCCCACACGAGCUUUUCCACCAGAUGUUAGCCGGUGCGAUUUCGAGCAGUGUGUUCGCAUUGGAGACAGCGCUCCCUGUGCGUGUAUCAUCCGAUGUAUUGCCUGUGGUUCACCAAGCGUUGCAGAACCUUCAUUCGCUGGCGAACCGUGCUAUUGCGUUGAUGGAUGACGCUCUAGCAGAGUCUCAAGUGGCCUUCCCAGCGGCUGGAAACAAGCAGCAACGGGAGCAGUCAACAGCAGCUGCACAUCAAGUUCAACAGCUUCAAGUGGCAUUCGAGAUGGCGUUGGAUGCGUGCUGGAAACUCGUACAAUCACUGGAGUCAGUAGAAGCGAUGGUGACGAAAGCGCUGGCUUUGUUUCACUACUUCCCAGUGUCAAAAGACGACAAAUCGUCACUUGAGCUCGUGAAUUUCCUGCUUUUGCCAGUUCUUUCGCAUCGCCAACAAGUGGAAAUCUCUAGACUUCUGGAACAAGAGAGCGUGAGGCAACAAGUAGCUGCUCUGGCACUCACUAACCCAACGCUGGCGGAAGCUGGGCCAAUGCCGGUGCCAGUCCAGCGCGAGUAUGUACUUCGAUGUAUCUGUCCAAGACCUUUUCUACGAGAAUAUUACGAUGAAUUAACGAUUGAUGAAGAUGGCGAGACCAGUCUUUCCCAACCAGCUCAGGAACUGGAGGCCAGUCCACUUGUGGUUUGUCGGAUGUAUGCUGCUUUCAAGAAGAGCACAGUGCGAUUCGCCCUGGUCCUAGCCGAAUCAGAGUUUUAGGGAUUCUCGUUGAUUUGGUAAAUGUCCCAGUAACUCGCUUGUUGUUGCACAGUUAUCGUCUAGUACAGUAUACUACUUUUUACUAAAGAUGACCGCCCCUUUCAACAGGAAAAACUUUAUUCAUUACAACUAAUGAGGCGUUCUGGAAACAUGUUGCUUCGAUG